GAAACUAACUAAAGUUAGAUUAGAUCACCCAGGACUCAGGUAGAAGCCCUACAUCAGCCCAGUGAAUGUCCACCUGGUCCCCAGUCAUAAUCCAAUAAAUACUCCAUCCUGUUUAAAUCCUCCUUUUCAUUGAUUUGUAUAGAAAUCUAUGAACAAAUAAAAAUGGAGAAGGAUGAUAGAAGAGAAAGAAGAGUGAUAGAUGAUGAAGUCAUGUCUCUCAUGAAGCUCAACCACUAAAGAUCAGGCACAGUGGCAGACAACCAAUCAGAUUUCACUUCCUGAAAAUGCCGGAGCCAAUGAUGUUCGAGGAUUUUGAAAUCGAAACCGUUGGCCCCGCCCACUGCGUUGUGAAUAACUCCUGUUUGUACCUAUAGACUUCUUUCACGCGCUCCGGUCUGAAGUUAAUGUUGGGCGCGUGAGUUUUUCUCCACUUUCCGCGCGUGCACAUCGACGUUCCUUUCGCCGUUAUAAAUCUAUCGCGCGCGAGCUUCAACCCCGUUUUUGUCCCGGAUUUAGCGGAUUUUUACCCAAAGUGUCCUGAUUCUUUACACCUCUGAUCAUGAAAUCAGAGUCCAGACGGAGAUCUUUAGAAGAACCUCCACACACUCCUCCUCCUGCUGCUGCUGGAUCAAAGAAGAAGCGCGGCGCGGAGGAAGCAACGGGGAAGCGUCGGAAGUCCGAGGUGCGCUGGGGAAGGAAAACGCAGCUGUGGAGUGAGCGAGGAGUCCGGGAGGAGACGAUGCACCACUGCUCAGAUUGUGGAAAGAGUUUUACUAAAAUUGCUGUUCUGAAAAGACACCAACGUAUACACACAGGAGAGAAGCCUUAUCACUGUGAACUGUGUGGGAAGAGUUUUAAUUGUCAGUGUGAUCUCAAAAGACACCAGCAUAUCCACACAGGAGAAAAGCCUUAUCACUGUGAACAGUGUGGGAAGAGUUUUAAUGGUCAGAGUAGUUUCAAAAAACACCAGCGUAUCCACACAGGAGAAAAGCCUUAUCACUGUGAACAGUGUGGAAAGAGUUUUACUCAUCAGAGUAAUUUUAGAUCACACCAGCGUGUCCACACAGGAGAGAAGCCGUAUCACUGCGAACAGUGUGGGAAGAGUUUCAAUCGUCAGAGUAGUUUCAAACGGCACCAGCAUAUCCACACAGGAGAGAAGCCUUAUCACUGUGAACAGUGUGGGAAGAGUUUUAAUUGUCAGAGUAAUCUCAAAGUACACCAGCGUAUCCACUCAGGAGAGAAGCCGUAUUACUGUGAACAGUGUGGGAAGAGUUUUAAUCGUCAUAGUAGUUUCAAAUCACACCAGCGUAUCCACACAGGAGAGAUGCGGUAUCACUGUGAACAGUGUGGAAAGAGUUUUAAUAAUCCGAGUCAUCUCAAAAUACACCAGCGUACCCACACAGGAGAAAAGCCGUAUUACUGUGAACAGUGUGGAAAGAGUUUUACUCAUCAGAGUCAUCUCAAAAUACACCAGCGUAUCCACACAGGAGAAAAGCCGUAUUACUGUGAACAGUGUGGGAAGAGUUUUAAUCAUCACAGUACUCUCAAAGUGCACCAGGGUAUUCACACAGGAGAGAAACCAUAUGAGUGUGUACAAUGUGGGAGAAGUUUUCGGCUAAAGACGCUUCUUCAAGAACACCAGCGUGUCCACACAGGAGAGAAGCCGUAUCCCUGUGAACAGUGCGGGAAGAGUUUUAGUGCUCGGCGUGCCCUCCUCAGCCACCAGCAGAGUCAUACAGGACAGAAGCUGUACCUCUGUGGACAGUGUGGACGGAGCUAUGUUUAUCAAAGCUCAUUAAGGAAACACAAACACCAACGUAUCCACACAGGAGAAAAACUGUAUCACUGUGAACAGUGUGAGAAGAGUUUUAAUCGCCAGGGUAAUCUCAAAGAACACCAGCGUAUCCACACAGGAGAGAAGCCGUAUUACUGUGAACAGUGUGGGAAGAGUUUUAAUCGUCAGAGUAGUCUCAGAAGACACCAGCAGAUCCACAUAGGAGAGAAGCCGUAUCAGUGUGGGCAGUGUGAGAAGAGUUUUACUGAUCAGAGUAGUCUCAAAAGACACCAGCGUAUCCACACAGGAGAGAAGCCGUAUUACUGUGAACAGUGCGGGAGGAGUUUUACUCAUCAGAGUAAUCUCAAAAGACACCAGCGUAACCACACAGGAGAGAAGCCGUAUUACUGUGAACAGUGUGGGAAGAGUUUUAAUCAUCAGAGGCAUCUCAAAUUACACCAGUGUAUCCACACAGGAGAGAAGCCGUAUCACUGUGAACAGUGUGGGAAGAGUUUUACUCAUAAGAGUAAUUUUAGAAUACACCAGCGUGUCCACACAGGAGAGAAGCUGUAUCACUGUAAACAGUGUAAAAAGAGUUUUAGUCAGCAGAGUAAUCUCAAAAGACACCAGCGUAACCACACAGGAGUGAAGCCGUAUUACUGUAAACAGUGUGGGAAGAGUUUUAAUCGUCAGAGUAGUCUCAAAUCACACCAGCGUAUCCACACAGGAGAGAAGCCGUAUCACUGUGAACAGUGUGGGAAAAGUUUUACUCAGCACGGAAUUCUCAAAUUACACCAGCGUAUCCACACAGGAGAGAAGCCGUAUCGCUGUGAACAGUGUGGGAAGAGUUUUAAUCAUCAGAGUAAUUUUAGAAUGCACCAGCAUGUCCACACAGGAGCGAAGCUGUAUCGCUGUGAACAGUGUGGGAAGAGUUUUAGUGCUCCGAGCACCCUCCUCAAACACCAACGUAUCCACACAGGAGAGAAGCCGUAUUACUGUGAACAGUGUGGAAAGAGUUUUAAUCGUCAGAGCAGUCUCAAAAGACACCAGCAGAUCCACAUAGGAGAGAAGCCGUAUCAGUGUGGGCAGUGUGAGAAGAGUUUUACUGAUCAGAGUAGUCUCAAAAGACACCAGCGUAUCCACACAGGAGAGAAGCCGUACUACUGUGAACAUUGUGGGAAGAGUUUUACUUAUCAGAGUAAUCUCAAAAGACACCAGCAUAACCACUCAGAAGAGAAGCCGUAUUACUGUGAACAUUGUGGGAAGAGUUUUAGUCAUCAGAGGCAUCUCAAAAUACACCAGUGUAUCCACACAGGAGAGAAGCCGUAUCACUGUGAACAGUGUGGGAAGAGUUUUACUCAUAAGAGUAAUUUUAGAAUACACCAGCGUGUCCACACAGGAGAGAAGCUGUAUCACUGUCAACAGUGUGGGAAAAGUUUUAAUCGUCAGAGUCAUCUCAAAUCGCACCAGAGUAUCCACACUGGAGUGAAGCCGUAUUACUGUGAACAGUGUGGGAGGAGUUUUAAUCGUCAGAGUCAUCUCAAAUCACACCAGCGUAUCCACACAGGAGAGAAGCCGUAUCACUGUAAACAGUGUGGGAAAAGUUUUACUCAGCACGGAAUUCUCAGAUUACACCAGCGUAUCCACACAGGAGAGAAGCCGUAUCGCUGUGAACAGUGUGGGAAGAGCUUUAAUCAUCAGAGUAAUUUUAAAAUGCACAAACGAAUCCACACAGGAGAGAAGCCGUAUCACUGUGAACAGUGUGGGAAGAGUUUUAGUGCUCCGAGCACCCUCCUCAGCCACCAGCAGAGUCAUACAGGACAGAAGCUGUACAUCUGUGGACAGUGUGGACGGAGCUAUGUUUAUCAAAGCUCAUUAUGGAACCACAAGUGCUCUAACAUACAACCAUAAACUCCUGAAUUUAAUUUGUAAAACAAAUCUUCUUCUUAAAUUUCUUAUUUGAAGGGAUGUAAAGGGAAAUUGUACUGUAAAUAUUGGGGAACUUUAAAUUGUAAUGUUAAUGUUAAUGAUCUCUAACAAACUGGACACCUUUCCAAGCCAUCAGAACAUUGUUGGUCCAUCUACAGUUACACUACAACUACACUUUAUGGCAACAUGUAUGGGGCUACCUGAGCAUCUCACCCAUAUGUGCUUUCUGAACAUUAUCUGAUGGAUCGGCUUCCAGUUCAUGGUCCCCUGAGCACAGUGUUACUGAUUUACUGCAAACUUGAGCUUGAUCACACGGUUACACAGCAAGAUCAGGGAAUAGAUUUUUGUUGUAUAUGUCUGAACCUAUAAGAAUUAAAGUGCAGACAAAUCUCACCUUAAGUCUUUUUUAAAUCUAAAAUGUUAAAUGUAUAACCUUUAGGUAUUUUGCACCAACGUUCAUUUUUUGUGUUUCUCUAAAUUCAAAUAAGUUUAUUAGUCAACUGUAAGGUUUGGUUGAGGAGUGGUAAUUGUAUGGGGCUGUACUUUAGGGUUAAGACUCAGCCUUUAGCGUACCUAAACAUUUUGUACAAUGCUAUGCUUCUAAUAUUGUGAGACAGUCCUUUAUUAAUCCAGCAUGACUGUGCCACGGUGCACAAACUGAGGUUCAUAAAGACAUGGUUGGAUGAGUUUGGUGUGGAAGAACUGAACUGGCCUGCACAGAGCUCUCAUCUCGACUUCACUGAACACCUUUGAGAUUAAGGUGAAUGUUAAAAGUUGAUUAUUCUAAAUGGACUGUAUGAGUCUCGGUGUUAUUAUAAAAGUCUUCAGCAACUUU